AACAAAACAAGCCGAGCCUUUGUAUCUGCUUAAAGGGGCCGCAGGCACUUCCCUCCUGACCCCCCCAACCCCCGCUCGGCUACCGCGUCUCCAGGGCUCCCAGCAACUGGCUGGAAGGGCUUCCCUCACCCUCAGGAACAGCCCGCCAGCGAGGAAAGGCGAGCCAGGCGGGAGGAAAAGAGGAGACACCGCAUUUCUAAGAGGCAAGAAAGGAAGGAAGGAAGGAAAAAAAUAACCCAAGCGGCGCAGAGUGGACUCUGGUCCCGGAGAGAACGAUCGGGCGCCGGAACGUGGAUCGAGAAGCACCGGAAUGCAAACAAAGCUCGCGGGCGCCUGUGCAGGGCUCGCGGGGAAGACCAGAAAGUUUGUUUUAUGAUGGCUUGAGUGCGCGAGUGUGUGCAGGGGAGCGAGGCUGCCAAGUUUCUCUCUCCCGUUGCGUUAUUUGGGGGGAGAUGUCUCUCCCAUGAACCAGCCGGGAGCCCGGGGGCUUGUGCUGUGGGGGGCACCUGUCUCUUAUUUAUUAUUUUUUUGUGGGAGGCGGAGGGGUGUAACAACCCAUCAUGUCGAGAGUGAUCCAGAAGAAGAACCACUGGACUAGUAAGGUUCAUGAAUGCACCGUGAGACGGGGACCCCAGGGCGAGCUGGGGGUGACGGUGCUAGGGGGCGCGGAGAACGGGGAGUUUCCAUAUGUCGGAGCGGUGGCCGCGGCCGAGGCGGCGGGGCUUCCCGGCGGAGGCGAGGGCCCUUGGCUGGGCGAAGGGGAACUGCUGCUGGAGGUGCAAGGGAUCCGGGUGUCCGGCUUGCCCCGCUAUGACGUGCUGGGAGUCAUCGACAGCUGCAAGGAGGCCGUCACCUUCAAAGCCGUCAGACAAGGAGGAAAGCUGAACAAGGACCUGCGACAUUUUCUCAAUCAGCGGUUCCAGAAAGGCUCUCCUGAUCAUGAGCUCCAGCAGACCAUAAGGGAUAACCUUUACCGCCAUGCUGUGCCUUGCACAACCCGAUCUCCGAGAGAAGGAGAAGUGCCUGGCGUGGACUAUAACUUUCUGACUGUGAAGGAGUUCUUGGACCUCGAGCAGAGUGGGACCCUUCUGGAAGUCGGCACCUAUGAAGGAAACUAUUAUGGGACACCCAAACCUCCUAGCCAGCCAGUCAGUGGGAAAGUGAUCACAACGGAUGCCUUGCAAAGCCUUCAGACUGGCUCCAAGCAGUCGACCCCAAAGCGAACCAAGUCCUACAAUGAUAUGCAAAAUGCUGGCAUAGUCCACACGGAGAAUGAGGAAGAGGAUGACGUUCCUGAAAUGAACAGUAGCUUUACAGCCGAUUCUGGUGACCAAGAAGAGCACACUCUCCAAGAAACAGCCCUACCGCCUGUGAAUAGUAGCAUUGUCGCUGCUCCCAUCACGGACGCUGCUCAGAAGUUCCCUCAAUACCUACCUCUUUGUGCAGAGGAUAACUUAGGUCCUCUACCUGAGAACUGGGAGAUGGCGUACACCGAAAAUGGAGAAGUCUAUUUUAUAGACCAUAACACAAAAACAACAUCUUGGUUAGACCCUCGGUGCCUGAACAAGCAGCAGAAGCCUCUGGAAGAGUGUGAAGAUGAUGAAGGGGUCCACACCGAGGAGCUGGACAGUGAACUAGAACUACCUGCUGGUUGGGAAAAGAUUGAAGACCCUGUCUAUGGUAUCUACUAUGUAGACCACAUCAACAGGAAGACACAAUAUGAGAACCCGGUUCUAGAAGCCAAACGGAAGAAACAGCUUGAGCAGCAGCAGCAGCAGCAGCAGCAGCAGCAGCCAGAAGAAUGGACAGAAGAUCAUUCAUCGCUUGUGCCUCCUGUUAUUCCAACCCACCCCCCAAGCAAUCCGGAGCCAACCAGAGAAGCUCCACUUCAGGGCAAACCCUUUUUUACACGAAACCCUUCUGAGUUGAAAGGCAAGUUCAUUCACACGAAGCUGCGGAAAAGCAGUCGUGGCUUUGGCUUCACAGUUGUUGGAGGGGAUGAACCUGACGAGUUCCUACAGAUCAAGAGUUUGGUCUUGGAUGGUCCUGCCGCGUUGGACGGCAAGAUGGAAACAGGCGAUGUCAUUGUCAGCGUGAAUGACACCUGUGUUUUGGGACACACGCAUGCACAAGUUGUGAAAAUCUUCCAGUCAAUUCCCAUUGGUGCGAGCGUGGACCUUGAGCUCUGCCGAGGUUACCCGUUGCCUUUUGACCCAGAUGACCCCAAUACAAGUUUAGUGACCUCGGUGGCCAUUUUGGAUAAAGAACCAAUUAUUGUGAAUGGGCAAGAGACCUAUGACUCGCCAGCUAGUCACAGCAGUAAAACAGGCAAAGUCAAUGGCAUGAAGGAUGCCAGGCCAAGCAGCCCUGCUGAUGUGGCUUCAAACGGUUCCCAUGGUUACCCCAAUGACACUGUCUCUUUGGCUUCCUCCAUCGCCACUCAGCCAGAGCUCAUAACUGUUCAUAUAGUCAAAGGCCCGAUGGGCUUUGGUUUUACUAUCGCAGACAGUCCUGGUGGCGGUGGGCAGAGAGUGAAACAGAUUGUGGACAGUCCCAGGUGUCGCGGCCUGAAGGAAGGGGACCUUAUCGUGGAAGUUAAUAAGAAGAACGUGCAGGCUCUGACCCACAAUCAAGUCGUGGAUAUGCUGAUUGAAUGUCCAAAGGGAAGUGAAGUCACGUUGUUGGUGCAACGAGGAGGGUUGCCAGUUCCCAAGAAGAGCCCAAAGUCGCAACCACUGGAAAGAAAAGACAGCCAGAAUAGUUCCCAGCACAGUGUUUCCAGCCACCGGAGCCUGCACACGGCCUCCCCAAGCCACACCACGCAGGUGCUCCCCGAGUACCCACCUGCCGAGGCCCCGGCUCCAGAUCAAACCGACAGCGCUGGGCAGAAAAAACCAGAUCCUUUUAAAAUCUGGGCCCAGUCCAGGAGCAUGUAUGAAAACCGACCUAUGUCACCUUCGCCUGCAUCGGGAUUGAGCAAGGGUGAAAGAGAAAGAGAAAUCAAUUCCACGAGUUUUGGAGAAUGUCAGAUUCCAGAUUACCAGGAACAGGAUAUCUUUCUCUGGAGAAAAGAGACUGGAUUUGGAUUUAGGAUUCUGGGUGGAAAUGAACCAGGAGAGCCCAUCUAUAUUGGUCACAUCGUACCACUGGGUGCUGCUGAUACGGACGGCCGCCUGAGGUCCGGGGAUGAAUUAAUCUGUGUGGACGGGACACCAGUAAUUGGAAAAUCACACCAGCUUGUGGUCCAGCUUAUGCAACAAGCGGCCAAGCAAGGCCACGUCAAUCUCACUGUGCGGCGUAAAGUGGUGUUUGCAGCCCCCAAAGCCGAGAACGAGGUGCCGUCGCCGGCCUCCUCCCACCACAGCAGCAACCAGCCGGCGUCCCUGACGGAGGAGAAGCGCACCCCGCAGGGCAGCCAGAACUCCCUGAACACGGUGAGCUCGGGCAGCGGCAGCACCAGCGGCAUCGGCAGCGGCGGCGGCGGCGGCAGCGGCGUGGUCAGCGCGGCCGCGCAGCCCUACGAUGUGGAGAUCCGGCGCGGCGACAACGAGGGCUUCGGCUUCGUCAUCGUGUCCUCGGUGAGCAGGCCCGAGGCCGGCACGACCUUCGGUCGGAUUAUUGAGGGGAGUCCCGCUGACCGAUGCGGCAAGCUGAAAGUGGGAGACCGGAUCCUGGCAGUGAAUGGAUGUUCCAUCACCAACAAGUCCCAUUCAGACAUUGUCAACCUAAUCAAGGAAGCAGGAAACACAGUUACCCUCCGCAUCAUUCCCGGGGAUGAGUCCUCGAAUGCCACUUUGCUGACCAACGCAGAGAAGAUUGCCACCAUCACGACCACACACGCCCCUUCUCAGCAAGGGGCCCAGGAGACCAGGAAUACCACCAAACCAAAGCCGGAAUCACAGUUUGAGUUCAAAGCACCCCAGACAACACAGGAGCAAGAUUUUUACACUGUGGAACUAGAGAGAGGAGCCAAGGGAUUUGGCUUCAGCCUUCGAGGGGGCCGAGAAUAUAACAUGGACCUCUAUGUUCUGCGCUUAGCAGAGGAUGGUCCAGCAGAGAGGUGUGGGAAGAUGCGGAUUGGUGAUGAAAUCUUAGAGAUCAAUGGCGAGACCACCAAAAACAUGAAGCAUUCUCGGGCUAUAGAACUCAUUAAGAAUGGUGGCCGCAGGGUGCGUCUGUUUCUGAAGCGGGGAGACGGCUCAGUACCAGAAUAUGACCCCAGCUGCGACCGCAUCGGCCCCACCGCCGCCGCAGGUGCACAAGGUGUUCAGGAAGUGAGGGCCGCGCCCCCCGACCGCCGACCGCAUCCGUCAUUGGAGUCCAGUUACCCACCCGACCUUCACAAAUCAUCACAGCAUGGGGAAAAGCGGGCACACGCGAGGGACCCAAAAGGCAGCAGAGAGUAUAUCAGACACCCCAAUGAGCAUCACACAUGGAACGGAACUUCUAGAAAACCCGACAGCGGGGCUUGCCGACCCAAGGACCGGGCAGCGGAGGGGCGGAGAGAGGCGCCCCCGGAGCGGCUGGUGACCAAUGGCCCCAAGAGGAGGUCCCCGGAGAAGCGCCGGGAGGGCACCCGCAGCGCGGACACCACUCUGGAGAGGAGGGAGAGGCACGAGAAGAGAAGGGAGCUGUCCCCGGAGCGGCGGCGCGAGCGCUCGCCCACCCGCAGGAGGGACGGCUCGCCCGGCCGCCGGAGGCGCUCCCUCGAACGACUCUUGGAUCACAAACGGUCCCCGGAGCGGAGGAGAGCCGGCUCGCCUGAGCGCAGGGCCAAGUCCACCGAGCGCAGGCGCGAGCGGUCCCUGGAGACCAGGAGCAGGGAGGACAGGGUCAGCCACCGAGAGAGGGAAGAGCCCAGUCUGAAAGCGGACGGCGGCAGGAGCUCCCGACACGCCCCCGAGCAGAGAAGGCGACCUUACAAAGAAUGUAGCACCGACCUCAGCAUCUGAGACUCUGAGGCGCAUCCCAACCUUUACCGUGUCAAAGGUUCUCAAAGGAAGGUCACAAACCUGAAAUAAUUUAGUUUCUUACCUUGAGGAAGCGUCCCACACCCGAUGAUCCUGUAAUAGCAACAAACGUUUUAUGCAUUUGAAAUCUUAUAAGAAAAAAUAUAUAUAUAUGAAAAGUGUUGUGCCUGAUGUAUAAUAUUAAAGAAAGUAUUUUUAAAUGCAUACUUUUUUGGAGAUUAUUUGCCAAAUGCUGCCCCCAGGGAAAUACAUUUUGUUUCUUCAUAAACUGUAGAAUUGUCAAGAAUCGGUCCCUUAUGGGGGGCAGUCUUUUUCUCUCCUGGUUAAAUAGGGCUGUUGAUCAUUUUCUCUAAGGGAAAGUAUUGAUUAAGUUUAAUUAAUUUGAUGUAGAUUGUUAUGUAGUGAUGUAGUGCUAUACUGUAGUUAGGUGUUUUUCUUUAAAAAAAAAAAAGAGCAAAAGCAAAAGUUAUAUUUGUAGAAGCUGAGGACUCUUUGGGAUGGAUUAGGAUUGCCAAUGAUCCUAAAAUUAAACUGUAUGAAGAGACUACUAUUGCAAAUGAAGGAUAUUUAUAGCUAAACUACACAGCACAAAGAAAUGUUCCCUUCUCGAGUCAUAGUCGGUUCAGAAAACAGCCUGUACUCUCCCUGGCCAUAGAAAGGCACAGAGAGGAGAAGGUUGGCUGCCAUUACCCAGACGUAGCCCAAGCACAGAUAGAUGGUCAGGUUCAUUAGCAUCACCAAUAUCGGAAACGAUCUCAUUAAGGCAGUGCCAUCCAGCUUUGCUCAACUCCCAGAAAAAAACAGACAAUGAACACCUGUGUUGUGUUGUCUGCUUGGAGGCCGAAUAGUGGAUGGAAUGGGGGACAGUGUGCCCAGUGUGAGGGAACCGUGAGAAUCCUCAAUAAAGUGCAUUCCCCCCUGUGCAGCAUAAGCCCGAGGUUACCCUUUGCUGAACUGGGGGCCAAGGAAUGAGCGUUGGUGGAAGUUAUCUCUCGGUUGAUAUUUGUUAAGAAGGGAGGGUUGGGGGUGCUUAUUCUCAGAAACGCCCAUUGCUUUUUGAAAAUGUCAUAAAAGUCUCCAGGAUGAUUGAAAGGGAAAGAAAGACACAGUCCCAGUGGUUCUAGAGCGAGUUGGCAAACCUCUGCCCUCGUGACCCUGUCCUUUGAGUCUUUGGACAGCAGAACAAAGCAUAACAAUUUUCUUUUGAGAAUGACCCAUUCUUUUGCAGCCCCGCAGGAAGCAUUGGUUGGGUCGGCUCAUAGCCCCAGGAUGUGGUUGCAAUGGAUUACUGCCUAGCUGAGCCAAAAUGUUUGCUUGUACCUGUUGGGCCACUACAGCAAACUGCUGCUUAUGAUGCAUUGCGUAUUUCCGUAGUACUGUUUUGCAUUUUCCAUACAGACACACAACUCUGCAAGUCAAUCACUGUUGUUCUCAUGGUACUGUGUAAGGAAACAAAGAAAAAGGAAAAAAUAAAAAUGGAGAAAACCAGCCAGUCCUUGUGUGUACAGAGUUGAAAAUUGUAAUUACUAGAGCCUGUUUAAAAAAAAUUUAAAAAAACAACUGUUGCCUUUUUUUCUUGUAUAAAAGAGAAUUUAUGACAAAAAAUUUAGCUGUGAGGAAUGUGAUAUGUGUUUAUAUUUCUGAAUAUGGAACAAAUCGAUUCAUUGGGAUAUAUUUUAAUGUAAUCUAAAUCAGGUAUGUAAAGCUGUUUUAAAAUGGGAGACAAUAUAAGUAAUUCUCUAAAGCUUUAGUUGGUUUGAAUAUCAUCAUUUCCUCCAUGGUGAGCCUGCUUGUGAAUUAUUAAGCACUUGUUUUUUAUUCACUGUUCUUCACUCAUUUCUUGCCGUGUGCUAUGGACUUAAUGCUCUUUCUGUACUGAUGAAAAGCAGUAUGUGGGCCAAUCUUUUUAUAAAACACUAUGCAUAUAUAAAUAUCACAUUGUUCAUAGCUUUAUUUGACGUAUGGGUUUAUACAUAACGUAGAAUGAGUACCUAUAGUUGUGUGGACAUGCACAAAACUAGUUCCUUUCCUGGAACAGGGACCGUGGACAUUCUGUCGCUACAAAAGAGGAGGAGGGUCUGUGACUGCUAUCUUCAUUACCAGAGUUAUCCACGCGCAGCAAGCCUUGAGCUGUGGUAGUGAGGCCGAGAACACAGCUGAAUAAUGGCGUUCUUUUUCAUCAGGUUCCUAGGAGCCGACUUGGGGAUUUUAUUCCUAAGGCUCCACCGCUAGGAAUUCUCUAUUUCUAGCAAAAUCUGUGAUGUUAAAUGAUCGAUGCUCUCACUUGUGGUCCAGAGUUUUAAAUAAAUGAAAUCAAGGUAGAUUUUGGGGAGUACAUCAUGAAGUUAACAACGUAAUGUCUUUCUUAUUGUCAGAGGUGACACUUGACAUUUUAAAAUCCGUAUGCUAGCCACCUGGGCUCGGUCUUCACCAGGCUGUGAAGACUUGGUGUGGCAGUUUUUUCUGACUGCCACACAUCAGAUUUGCUUUGGAAAUACUGUACUGUACAGGGACUAUGCAUUAAGCAGAAAGAUCUAGUUUUCUCUGAACUACUGUAACCUUAGAUUGGAGACUGAUUCUUGUGAGCCUACUUUCCCUAAUCCCCCACUUCAUGUAAAUGUCUUGAUGAGAGAUGAUGGAUGAGUAUUUUGUAUGAUUAAAUCAAACCAUUGAAGAAUUCCCCUCCCACCCAUCACACAGUUGAUGCCUGAAAGAAUGUUGAUGGGGGGGGGGGGGUCUCAACACCCUACUUGUAUUUUUUAAGUUUCUUUUGUGAAAGAUUUUUUAAUGCAUUUUUACUGUAAAAAUACAUGGAAAUGUAUGCAUUCCAUAACCAC